AUGAAUUUGGCACAAAUUCCGUGGCAUGAAAAUUUUUCAAUUGACGAUGUGAAUGAAAAACUCUCCUCAUUUAAUGGUCACUUUUUGAGUAUCUUGGAAAAACAUGCACCGGUUAAGAGCAUGAAAAUAAGAUAUCGCCGGUGGCCAUUUAUGAGUAGAGAGAUUAAAGAACUUAUGAAAAAUAGAGAUAAAUUACAUAAGCUUGCACGACGAACCAAGAUGACAACAGAUUGGGAAAAUUACCGUGUUUGUAGACGGGCUGUAAAAAAAGCGUUACGUGAACCUGCAAGGAAGUAUGUACAGAAUGAAAUUCAUAAAAACUUAAAAAGAAGUUCUAUGUGGAAAGUUAUAAGGAACUGCCUACCCCGUAAAGAGUCAACGGAACUUAAGCAUUCAAGAAAUAUCACGGAACUAGUGGAGGAGUUCAAUUCUUUUUUCACGCCAGUGGGAAUUAAAGCAUCAGAGUCUGCUACUGCACUUUUAACUAAAUAUAAUCUACCAACCAUAGACUUACCAGUACCUGCUCGUCCGGUUUCAUGUAGUGAUGUACAGCAGAUCAUCAUGUCCUUUUCCUCAAAUAAGGCACCGGGAUUAGAUAAAGUUCCAAUGAGUAUUAUCAAAGAUGCCUCACCAUAUAUCCUCCCUGAGUUAACAGAUAUUAUUAAUUGUUCAUUACUUACGUCCAAAUAUCCAACAUUAUGGAAGAUGGCAGAAGUUGUUCCCCUCUUAAAAGAUGGGGAUCAUGAGAUCGCAGACAAUAAUCGUCCUGUGUCUUUGCUAAUUGCAGUAUCAAAGAUUUGUGAACGAGUCGUAUUGAAUCAAUUGACUGACUAUAUGUCGCAAAGGAAAAGAUAUACUGAACACCAAAGUGGCAAUCGAAAAUUACAUUCUACAGAAACAUUAAAUGUUUUUAUAACAGAUCAAAUCUUGCAGUCUAUGGAUCGUAAAGAAGUUGCGGCCUUGGUUUUAAUAGACUUAUCCAAAGCAUUUGAUAGCAUAGAUCAUUCAAUUCUACUAGUGAAACUUCAAACCAUUGGUGUGUCUAAAUCAGUGUUGGCAUGGUUUAAAAGUUAUCUAUCGGGACGAAGCCAAAUAGUACGUAUUGGGUCGACAUUGUCGGAAACAUGUAUUAUAACUCGAGGGGUACCUCAAGGAUCUAUUCUUGGGCCGGCAUUAUUUAACAUAUAUAUUAAUGACCUGCCCAAUGUUCCAAAAGAGUCCUUUUUGGAAUCUUAUGUGGAUGAUUCGAAAAUCUAUCUGGCAUUUCCAAUUCAGGAUAUUGAAACUGCUGCGUUUAAACUUACACAAGAUAUGGAACGAAUUACCGCAUGGUGCUGUAUAAAUAGUCUGCUAGUGAAUCCAAAGAAAACGAAACUUCUUUUACUGGGUACAAGUCAAAUGCUGAAAAAACACUCUGGCACAGAUUUCCAUAUAACUGUUCUUGGUGAGAAAAUAAUCCCACUUCAGACGGUUAAAGAUUUGGGAAUGACUUUGGAUUUAAGUUUGACUUACGACAAACAUAUUGUCGAUACCAAGUCAAAAUGUAUCACAGAAUUAUGCCGAAUCAAUAGAGUUAAGCAUAUUUUCGACAAACACACUUUAUCCUUUAUUAUAAAUGCAUUGGUCUUCAGUAAAAUGUAUUAUUGCUCCUCCGUUUGGUCGAACACCUCGAAAAAGAACAUAUCAAAACUCCAAAGCGUGCAAAAGAUCGCGGCACGCGUUAUUACCGGAGUUAGAAAAUAUGACCAUGUGACACCUAUCCUUCAGCAGUUAGCUUGGCUUCCAGAUGAGUGUAUGUUAAAACUCAGGGAUGCGGUUAUGACAUUAAAAUGCAUGAAAGGGUUAGCUCCGCCAUACUUGUGUGACAAAUUCGAAAUGAGAUCAAAGACUCACAGUGUUAACACCAGAAAUAAGGAUAAGUUAGACAUUCCACUGUAUAAUUCGGCUUCUGCAGAAGGACAUGGACGUUCGCUACGUUUCAUUAAUGCGCAGUGUCUAUUUGGAAUGAGCUCCCAAAUCAUAUUAAAGACAUUACUUUGGACCGGUUUAAAUUAG